AUGGAACGUUCGGCAGCUCUGUCCGACCACUCGCCUGAAGCUAUGUCACCGAACGUCCCCAAAGAACCAUUUACAACCAGACUAGCUAAAAGGUUUCAAGCCACCACAAGCUACCACACAAGCAACCAGACAACCUCACAAGCAACCAGACAACCUCACAAGCAACCAGACAACCUCACAAGCAACCAGACAACUUCACAAGCAACCAGACAACCUCGCAAGCAACCAGACAACCUCACAAGCAACCAGACAACCUCACAAGCAACCAGACAACCUCACAAGCAACCAGACAACCUCGCAAGCAACCAGACAACCUCACAAGCAACCAGACAACCUCACAAGCAACCAGACAACCUCACAAGCAACCAGACAACCUCACAAGCAACCAGACAACCUCACAAGCUACCAGACAACCUCACAAGCAACCAGACAACCUCACAAGCAACCAGACAACCUCACAAGCAACCAGACAACUUCACAAGCAACCAGACAACCUCGCAAGCAACCAGACAACCUCACAAGCAACCAGACAACCUCACAAGCAACCAGACAACCUCACAAGCAACCAGACAACCUCGCAAGCAACCAGACAACCUCACAAGCAACCAGACAACCUCACAAGCAACCAGACAACCUCACAAGCAACCAGACAACCUCACAAGCAACCAGACAACCUCACAAGCAACCAGACAACCUCACAAGCAACCAGACAACCUCACAAGCAACCAGACAACCUCACAAGCAACCAGACAACCUCACAAGCAACCAGACAACCUCACAAGCAACCAGACAACCUCACAAGCAACCAGACAACCUCACAAGCAACCAGACAACCUCACAAGCAACCAGACAACCUCACAAGCAACCAGACAACCUCAGACAACCUCACAAGCAACCAGACAACCUCACAAGCAACCAGACAACCUCACAAGCAACCAGACAACCUCGCAAGCAACCAGACAACCUCACAAGCAACCAGACAACCUCACAAGCAACCAGACAACCUCACAAGCAACCAGACAACCUCACAAGCAACCAGACAACCUCACAAGCAACCAGACAACCUCACACAACCAGACAACCUCACAAGCAACCAGACAACCUCACAAGCAACCAGACAACCUCACAAGCAACCAGACAACCUCACAAGCAACCAGACAACCUCACAAGCAACCAGACAACCUCACAAGCAACCAGACAACCUCACAAGCAACCAGACAACCUCACAAGCAACCAGACAACCUCACAAGCAACCAGACAACCUCACAAGCAACCAGACAACCUCACAAGCAACCAGACAACCUCACAAGCAACCAGACAACUUCACAAGCGCCACCAGACAGACUACCUCAGCCUCAGCGGUCAAGGUCGCUACCUGCCGAAGACCAUUUACCACGCGUAACAAGUCUGGCGGUGGCCACAAGGCGCUGA